CAGCAAGUCAAACAUAAAAUGCUGCUUUGGCAAGUAGCUGAAAUACAACAAGUUUAAAUUUGGUUUUAUUUCAGUUAACAUUUAUUUUAUUUAAGCAUGUUUGUAUGGUUUAUUUAUUAAUUUAUUUUUACACCAAAAAUAACCCUGGGGUGAUGAGUCAUACUGGGAAACUUGGGAAAUUGCAAAAAAAACAAAAACAGCUACAAAUAAUAAGCUACAUCUGCAAGUCUCCCAUUGAUUUGAACAGGCUGUGAUGUUAGCUUCUCCUGUUAAUUUCAGAAUACUGCUGGCCCUCUGCUUUUUUCGGUAAUAGUAAUACAUGUGAGUGCUUUAUUGUUUUUGAAGGUAAUAAUCUGCAGUUAUUCCCUCUGUUACUCAUGUACUUCAAUUCUGGACUGAAUUAGGCCAUACAGAUUUAAAUAUUUAAUUGAACAGUACAUAGUAGAGAUGCUCUGCAGGGUCUUUUCAUGAUAUAGCUGUGAUAUGGAUAUGGCUCAUUUGAACAAGAAAUGGCUGGCUGGCAGAAUGUAGGGCAAAAGCAGGAGCCAUGCUGAGGGGAGAGAUGCUGCAUUUGUAUUGAAGACCUCCCUCUGCUGGCAAUAUUAUGCAUUGCUCCUCAGAAUGAGGAUGGCUGAGAGGUCGUGUGUGGCGGUGAGCAGCUGAGGUCGGCUGUGAUCUGGGUCUUCUCUUCUGACUGAGAGCAUGUACAGGAGGAAUGGACUCCCUGCCAGCGUCAGCAUCACGUCCCGCCACACACAGGACAGCAGUAGUUCAGAGUCCCUGGAUGGACGGAGUUUGGACUCUGCCAAGAGCUUUGACGCGGUGGUGUUUGACAUGCUCAAAGUGACACCCGAGGAGUUUGCUAGUCAGAUCACUUUGAUGGACGCUCCUGUAUUCAAAGCGAUACAGCCUGAGGAGCUGGCGAGCUGUGGAUGGAACAAGAAGGAGAAGCAUAGCCUUUCACCCAACGUUGUGGCCUUCACACGGAGAUUUAACCAGGUCAGUUUCUGGGCAGUGAGGGAGAUAUUGACAGCUCAAACAUUGAAAAUCCGAGCAGAAAUAUUGGGCCACUUCAUCAAAAUUGCCAAGAAACUCCUGGAGCUGAAUAACCUGCACUCCCUGGUGUCGGUGGUCUCUGCUCUUCAAAGCGCACCUAUCUUCAGAUUGAGCAAGACCUGGGCGUUGAUCAGUCGAAAGGACAAGGCCACCUUUGAGAAGCUUGACUUCCUGACGUCAAAAGAAGAGAAUUACAACCGCAUGAGAGAGUACAUCAGGUCCCUCAAAAUGGCUCCCUGCAUCCCCUACCUAGGAAUUUACCUGUUUGAUAUGACCUACAUUGACUCCGCCUACCCUGCUUCUGACAGCAUCAUCGAGACUGAGCAAAGAACCAAUCAGAUGAACAAUCUACUGCGCAUCAUCUCCGAUCUACAGGUGUCCUGUAACUACGAUCAUUUAGUCAUGUUACCACACGUGCAGAAGUAUUUGAUGUCAGUGCGCUACAUCGAGGAGCUCCAAAAGUUUGUGGAGGAUGACAAUUACACACUGUCAUUGAAGAUUGAGCCUGGGAACAGCUCGCCUCGUCUGGUAUCCUCCAAAGAAGACCUUGGAGGACCCUCAGAGGAGUCUGUCUCAGUGCGGUAUAACAGACGACCAACCUGUCCUGAUACAUCAGUGGUUGCCCACCUUCCAACACCACCUCCUGCCCGGCACAGGAAGAGCCACAGUCUGGGGAAUAAUAUGAUGUGCCAGUUUGGUGUGGUGGAGAGUAAAAGUGCGACAUUCCCUGCAAAAGAAAAGGCUCGACACUUACUGGACGACAGCUUCUUAGAGUCUCACAGUCCUGUCAGAAACCACACACACGAUUCAGUAUUUACCAACGGCAUCUCGCUUGGCAGUAGAGAGAGCUCUUUUAGUGAUGAAUUAUCGAAUACAGUUGAGAGAGGACGUAUGUACGCGACACUUGGUCCAAACUGGCGAGUCCCAAUCUGUAACUCUCCCAGAAGUAGAAGUUAUAUUUAUAGCACCCCAGGGGCAGUUUCCAGCUAUGAAUGCAGUUCUCUGAGCAGUAUAACCAUUGAAGGGCCCCUGCGAAGAAAGACACUGAUGAAGGAGGGUAAAAAACCCACUCUCUCAUCCUGGAAGCGCUACUGGAUUGUCCUGUCUGGCUCCAUUCUCAUCUAUUUUGGUUCUAAAGCUCUAAGAGCAAAUGAGCGAAGACAUUAUAAAUCCAGGCCAUGUAAAAAAAUCACGCUCACAGGUUGGAUGGUGGUUCUGCCGGACAACCCUGAACAUCCAAACAUUUUCCAGCUUACUGAUCCUGAAAGAGGUAAUGUUUACAAGUUCCAGACUGGAUCACGUUUCUCUGCAAUUAUCUGGCACAGACAUUUAGCCGAGGCGUGCAGGAGUACAAGACCACAGAUACCAGCAAACCUCAUGUCCUUUGAAUAGCUGCUUUUUGGGAAGUGGAAUACCGAUGAAGGGAAUAAACCUAAUGGAGGAAGACAUUUGGGCGGCAUUUUGGACCUAACAUACAGUAGUUGGAAAUGUGGCAGCUGUAUCUGUUGAAAAAGUCCAAAAUUCAUUCAGACGUUGUAGACACAGCUGUACUGAGAGAGGAUGGACUUGAUGCGUCUUCAGUUUAGUGGGAACACUUUACAAUAAGGUUCAAUUUGUUAAAAUGAGUUAAAGGGAUAAAUGAAAAUAUAGCCACCCUCAGGCCAUCCAAGAUGUACAGUAGAUGAGUUUGUUUCUUCAUCGGAACAGAUUUGGAAACAAUAGUAUCACAUAACUUGCUCAGCAAUGCAUCCUCUUUAGUGAAUGGGUGCCGCUUCUAGCCAAAAUACUAGUUCAUAAUCCAUAAUAUCGUGGAUAGAGGACUCAUAUUUCAGCUGGAAACAAGUUUGAAGUUGGUUGGAAGAUAAUGAAUUUAUGAAAACAUUAAGCCAUUUUAUAGCAUUUAUCCAUCUAAGUUAAUGUUUGUUUAUUAAUUAUUUAUAAUUAAUUUAUACAAUGAUAUAUAACUGAUGUUAACAAAUUGAAACCUUAUUGUUAGUUUUACCUAAAGGUACAUGUGAAAUAUGUUGUAAAUGACGUGUAUAAAAUAACAUUGUCCAGUAGAUGUCUUCAUGUGAUUAAGUGCCAAAAUUCUGACCUUUGUAUUGUUAAAUCUCCUAGAAUUAUGUUCAAUUCAUGUUAGACGUUAGAGAGCAAAAAUGAAAGCAUUAAAUCCCUUGACAAUGAGCAUGCAUAAAACAUUUAUGACAGCACUUCAUAAGAGGAGGAGCCAAAAAAGUGCACUGUAUAAAGGGAAAUUUGUUACAUAAAGGGAAUUAAUUGCACAUUGACACAAUAAUGGCAUUUAAAUGGCAAAUUUGGAUUAUUAAACAUGUAAUGUCACACGGUAUCUGGAAAUAAGUGCCAAUGUUAAUGUGGUGUAGUUCUCAACUCAGAACAUGUUGUGUAGUGUAUUUGCGUAUGAACAAAAUAUGAGUGAUGUCUGAUUGUAUGUCUUGACAUCAUAAAGUGGGCAGGACCCAAAAGGUAAACGGUUAUGGAUACUGAUUAGGUUUUAUUGAGAUACUGUUGUAAAAUGUACAUGUAAAUGAAGUUUCAGGAGAAUGUGAAGGGAAGCGGCUGUCUUUUGGUUAGAGCCAUGUAUAAUAUAUUCACUGGAAAAAAAAUACAACGUUUUAGUGGAUGUUCAGUAUUCACCUCUAAUACUUCAGUGUAGUAUUAUUUUUGUUAUUAUUUCUUUCUUUAUUUAAAUGGAAUACAUCAAAGGGUCUGUAAAAAUUGUAAAGUACUUCGCAAAGUCUAGUAUUUUGCACAGUCACAAAUUUUUAUAAGGUGUAGGAAUGAGACUUAUUCUUCCUCAAAAGUUGAUAUUAAGGCACUAAAUGUGAAGUGUAGAAUGCAUUGUAUAUUGCAAAUUGCAAAUGGAGAUUUUCUGUAAAUUCUGCAGAACAUGCAUGGAUGUUUUGGACUAACAGGUUUUUUGUGUCACUUCAGUAUCGGUAUACAUGCGUGCACACUAUUGAGGCAUGUACAGGAACUACUCUAGGAAAAGCUGUGAAUCUGUUAUCAUUGAAAAAUUGGAUCAGGCUUUGAAUCUUUAAAAAGUACCAUUGGCUAACCACAAGACUACAACAUAUAAAGAUGAUAGAUGGAAUGCUGCUCACACAGAUUUUGUUCGAUUUUGCGUCACACAAGCAACCAUUUCAGCUGUGAUUAGAUAGCACAUCUGCACUAAUGUUAUCAGCAAGUAUGGUAGCUACCUCUUUAUUCUUUCUUUUUUGGGGGUUAUGAUUACCAUAUCAUCUGGAAGUUCACAUAUAUUUCUGUCCUCUGCUAAUGACUGAGUUUGGAUGUACUGUUCGUUUCUCACAAUGUGAAGUCACUGAAUCUUUAUAUGGUCUAUAAUGAGCCUAGACCUUUUACUAACUCAAUACUUUUGUGUUUGGUGUUUUGUCUUUAUGGAAAUAUAUGCCUAA